AAUCACAAUGCAUUUGUGUGAGUAACUGAUGAAAAAAAAUCAUGAAAACAGAGUUUUAACAGAUCACUGCAUGAUGAUUUGAACCAUUAUGAAAAAUAUUAUUACUCUUCAUUAUUGUUUAGACAUAAUUUUAUUCUUUGCUUCUAUUAACAGUUUCUUUUUAGUGUUAUGGAGAGAAAGUGUGGGAGAAGAGAAGGUAUAAAUCAAAUAGGAUGCAUGUGGAUGUUCAUCAGCAUCUCUGGAUCUAACCAGAAACGUCUCUUGAUGGAUAAGAAACAUAGAAGCAAAAGAUUUGCAGGUAAUAAUGAGAGUGUUCAGAAACUUAUUGAAGAGGAUACAAAUGUUUCUAUUGCUGGUGCUGAACAUGUAGAGAAUAGGGUUUUUAAGGAUGAAUCUGAAGAAAAAUUCAGAGAGAUAAUCAAGCGGUUGAUAGCUCAGAAAGAAGGAGAGAUCCAAACAUGUAAGGACUUGUUGGAAGCUUUUAACGUUUUGGGUUCUGAAGAAGAGUCACCACUCCUCAAGAAGAAGAUUUCACAUGAAGAUGCUCAAAGCUUGAGAGGUUCCAAGAGAGUAGAGGAAGAAGAAGAGGCUGUGGUGUUACCAAAGAGGAAAUGUAACUUCUUCAGCAAGAAAUGGAGAUCAGAAGAGAGGAGAAACAGAACAUCUCAGGCUGCAAAAACUAUUGUUGUUCUAAAACCUGCUCCAAAUGGUUUAGAUGUUGAUUCUGCAUACACUAAGUCCAAAACCGGGAGAACCUUUUCCCGGUUUAUUACCGGUUUAAUCAAAAGAAGACUGGUACAAUCUGCCGUUGGAAAGAAGUCAUGUGAUGUACAUGUUGAUAAGAGCCAAAACCCUUGCGUGCAAGAAAAGAUACAGAGUAAAUCCGGGAAGCAUGUUUCAGAUGAAGAAGAAGAACCAUUAUGUAGUGAAGAUUCAAAGAAGAUAAUGUCAGGUUUGUAUAUUGCAGCAAGGAAACACUUGUCUGAGAUGAUUGCAAAUGGAGAUAUAGAUGUGAACUUACCUGAUAAGGAAGUACCAAGAAUCUUGGGGAAGAUUCUUUCUCUCCCUGAGUUCUCAUCACCAAGAGACAGCCCUAGACUGAUUCCAGCUCAUGAUUUGGUUAGCUCUCUUAGCCCUUUAAGCCAAACAACCGAGGAACCAGAGAUUCUGCAAUGCAGUGAAGAAGAUUCAGAUAAAGAUGAUGAGACAUUGUUUACCAUAGAUGUCUCUGUUCCCAUAGAUCAUUCAAUGCUUCCAGACAAGACAGAACCAUUAUCUGAAACUAGCAGCUCUUCCAUUUCCAGACAAGAUGCCCAUAUUGAUGAACAUGUGCUUGAAUGUUGUGAAGAAGAUGGAGAUAAGCAACAAUUGAAUAAGGUUAGACAGCUUGGUGUAUGUGAUGCUGUUUUCUUGAGUUUGUGUUUCAUGCUUUCAUGCCUUAUCUUGUCUCAGGAAAUGAUGUUGAACCAAGUGCAUACACUAUCUUCUCCUCCAGAAUCUCCACAAAGUUCUUCAGUUAAGAUGACUGAAUGCAAAGAAACUGUCUCUGAUGUGCAGGGAGAGUUAAGUCCAGUAUCUAUCCUUGAGCCUCUGUUUACAGAUGAUGAGAGUAGCCCAACAACAAACACAAGAUUCAGUUCAGGUGAAAUGAGGAUACAACCACUUUGUAUAAGAUUCGAUGAAGCUGCUGACUCUCCAAAACAAGACAAACUCAGCAAUCUCAAAACAAGCAUGAAUGACAAGGAGUUGACACUUGCAUACAUUGAAGACAUUGUGAAAUCCUCAGGCUUGAGCUGGGAAGAGCUUUUGAUUAGACCCUUUUACUCUGAACAGUUUCUUGAGCUAGAAUCAACAGAUGACAUAGCUUUCUGCUCAACACAUCUCUGUGAUGACAAGAAUCUCCUCAACGACUGUAUCAAUGAAGUUCUAAUGGACUUUUGUGAGAAUGAGUUGAAUCCAGGGCCUUGGAUUACGUUCUUGAAACCUGAAGUUCAGCUAAUCUCAGACGUGGAAGUUGCAGCUAAAGUGGCACAAGAAGGGGUUUACUGGCAUCUCUUACCUUUGCCUUCUCCUCACACUUUAGAUCAGAUAGUGAAGAAAGACAUGGCUAAACCAGGAAGCUGGAUGGAUCUCCGGUUUGAUAUUGGUUGGAUUGGUUCCGGUACAAGUGAAUUGAUCCUUGAUGAUUUAUUAGAAGAGAUCAUCAGAGCUGAACCAAUGCAGGAACAGAACAGCAACAGCUUGUGA